GCACUGGGCACUCAUCAACAGACGCACAUGUCUGUGCACGCUGGGUGCUGGAUGCUUCUAUUUUGGUUCAGGUCUCUGUCACAGAACAUGUUUCCCUGAUGCGUGCCUUGCUCACAUGUGCAUCUGCUGACCACCCUGUGGUAGCCUCUCAAGCAGAGUAGGGUUGUUAAUCUCUUUGGAAAAUUGGAUGCAGUUUGUGAUUUUUACCUUGUCAGAACCUGGAGACGGUGAUUUCUUGUAACACCUGCAAAUCUUGUGUGGAUGGAUAGCGUGGCAUCACCUGCCUACCUGGCAUCACACAGUAGCAGAUAAUGAAUAGAUUAGUGAUGACACAAGGAGAGAUGACAGCAGGAAAUCUUAUUUGACCGGCAUUUUGGAGUUUGUCCAGUCGCAAGUUUGAGUGCCUGAAUUGGUUGGAUGGAAACGAGGAUGUACUGUCAGAGGAGAUUGCUGGAAGAAGACACGGUUGUCUCCAUCAGAAAAGUGUCAGAUCAUCAUUGGGUUUACACUCUUUUUGGUUUGUCGUAAAAUGUGAAAUUUGAGAGACUGCCUUUGACAGCAAGCACUAAUGAUGCAACUCAAAACAUGGACUCACUCAUCAAUGUCACAGAUUGCUGAAAUCUGUACAGUUUCACGCUGGACUCACAGGAAAUCAAAGAUGGAGCUUUGACCCCUGGCUGAUGUGAUUCUAUAGGAAUAUUGACACAUUUUGUUGGAAGGAAGGUUUUUAUCUUGACGUUUUGUUUGUAUUUAAGAACAGGAAUAUACUGAAAUAAGAAAGUCAAGAUGUCGGUCAUGUUGUGGAAGUGGGAUAAGAACAACCAGAAGAUUAAAAAGAUCUACACUGACUGGGCUAAUCACUUUUUGGAGAAGGCAGGGCGCAAGAAUCUCAUUGCGGAUCUUCAGGUGGACAUCACCAAUGGGGUGCUCCUUGCCCAAGUGAUAGAGGCAGUCAUUGAUGAAAAGGUGGCGGAUAUCAACCCAGGCCCUCGCACUGCAAAUCAGAUGAUUGAAAACAUUGAUAAAUGUUUACAUUGUCUGUCGGCUAGGGGUGUGAACACGCAGGGCCUUCUUGCCAAAGAUAUCCGUGAGGGCAACCUGAAGGCAGUGCUGGGUCUCUUCUUUGCACUGUCCCGAUUCAAACAGCAACUGCAGCAACAGCAGCAGCAGCAGCGGCAAGCCAGCCAACAGGCCCGGCCGCACGCAGCGCACGGCAGGCACACCACCACCACGGCAGGAGGAGCAGCUCAACACAAAGUGCAAUAUUCAUCGUCGUCAACGACGGCAGCAUCGCAGCAGCGACAGCAGCAGCUGCAGACGAGGCAACUCGCUGCGUCCACAACUCAGGCAGGACAGAAACGGCAGACAGUGCCGUCGCAGAAACAGCCGGGCAAUUUGCAAUCACAGUCAUCAGUGCAACGUCAAACUGCCACCAAACCCCAGGCCAACCCCAGGUCGGCAUCCCAAGGCAGACCCCCAGCCAGCAAGUCCUCCCACAGCACCACUCCCUCGCCUUACCAGGCGGGCUCCAAGGCCCAGGGUCGGCCGGGUGGGACCAGCAGUCAGCUUGGGGCCCAGCAGCGCAAGCAAGGGUCCUCUACCACUUCACUUGCUUCAUCAAGGCUUGAGCGAAUGAGAGCUACCUCUCAAAAAAGCAACUCCUCUUCUCAUCGCAACUCCUCCUCCUCUGACAUGAGUUCCCGUAUCCCGACAUUCAGCAAGGGGUCCCGGCCCACGGCGGGGUCAGGGAUCAGCCAGCGGGGUCAACUGGAAAAGGGACGAGUGCCUUCGGCUUCCCCUGCCCCAACUCAACAAGGUGCAAUACAAAUUAAUGCUACAACUACCUCAUCUCAGGGUUCAUCUUUACCAAAUGGUGCCUCACCCUCAAGCAAUCUCCAACCUCCUACGCGGACAGCCAGCCAGAUCCGCCCCCCCUCGACAACGGCAACCAAAGCCAGCAGCAGUUCUCAGCCAAAACAGACACACAAGCAGCAGCAGCCCAAGCAACGGCAGACGGCGGCGGCGGCACAACAGCAGCAGGAACUACAGCAUCAGUCACAGCUACCGCAGCAGCAACCUCCAUCAUCACAACAAGAAUUACAGCUGCAGUCACAACAGACUCCUAAAAGCCCCAACAAGAGCUCCAUGCUCACCAAACUGAAAUUUUUUGGGAAGGAGCACGCUGGUAAAGAUCCUCACGGCACUCCAAAGAGCAAAGGUGCCGGAGGGAAACCGGCCGUGAAUGGAAACAACAGCAGCAGCUCGGAGUCCUCUGCCUCGACAGCAGCACCUCAACCGGCCAGGGAUGCUUCGGGCUCAAGAAGCCGAACUCCUGCCCAGGAACGGUCGGCCCUGCCGCCGGACAAGUCGCGGACGGGAAGCGGUUUGAAAAAGCACGGCAGCAACUCCAGUAUUGGCACCACGGCUAGCAACACCUCCUCGUCUGGGGUGGGGCCUGCGACCAGCACAGGAGGGCAGAGUACGGUGUCAUCUCCUGGUUCCAGCCUUGGAUCCAGCAGCCCCAAAAAUGCACUAAAGGCUGUUGCUCAGAAGACCAUUGGGCGGGCCUUCGGGGGAAGUAAGACUAAGCCCCCCUCCAAGCUCCAGUCGAGGGAAUUAGGAAAACCUUCUAGCAAAGAUGGAUCUGAUUUGGGAGUGCGGGGUGAACCAGUCGGAGCAACAGACAAUCACAAAUCAGAGUCAACCAGAAACAGUGACACUUGUUCAAAGCCAGCUGUUAAAUCCAAACUGUCACCGCCUGGCAGUAAAACGUCAAGCAGCAAACAGCAGAUACCUGGCUCGACUGCCAAGACGAAACUGCCAGUGGCAAACCAAAGCCCAUCUCAAGGCUCCUUGCAGAUGCCUCCUCCUUCACGCAACCUCACCAAGUCCAACUCUUCCGCAGCCAGCCAGAAAACAGGUUUGAAGACGCCCACAUCUUAUCAGACUUUUCCUAAGAAUUCCAACUUGAAUGACACCAAGCAAGAGGCAAAGGAUGGGAAUACAUCUUUCUCACGAGGUGGCACAUACAGCACUUUCCCUGGCCCUGGAAACUCAAAGCAAAGGAAUGGAGACGUAGCAUCUAAACACGAUAAGAUCUCUCCCGAUGAGAAGCCGAAGAAACAAGCCAGUUGUAAACCUAAGAGUUCAUCUCGGUCACCGGAUUCAAAUCGACCCCUGCCAGCAUCGCCAAGCCACAGCGCAUCUCAGCGGUCCCCUGCAAACACUGCAACAGUUGCACCAUUCAAUUAUGUUGGUUCCCGGCCAAUGUCGAAGGAGUCUAGCGAGAUGAGCAUUGCAAGUGCCAGCGUGAGUGAGUCUUCAAUCGGCAGCACUCCCAUACAGAGCCAGACCAGUGUGUCUUCUGGCAACAGUGUGUCAUCUGAAAACAGUGUGAUACAUAAGCCCAGAGAGGAUGCCAACGACUACUGCACAUCGGUCUACAAGAAUGACAAAGUAGUGACGACAUUCGGCACCCCGCCAUCUCAGCCCCGCUCCCUGAAGGGGUACGGAGACAUCCGCCCCUCCAACAUGGACCUGACAGUCAUGAAUGUCCAGCAUAGUCAAUCCACCUCCAGAACCACCAAGGAGACCACAUUUGGGGACAGCGUGACCACCCAGCUGCGGAGCCACCGCUCACCAACUGGAUCCAGUAAAGGGACAGUGGGCGGUCCCUCCCCACAAGGCUCGCCACGAUCGGCCAUCGCAACCUAUGGUGCCUCAGCAGCUCGUUUGAACAACCUCAGCUCCCUCCCACUCCAGAUCCCCUCCAUGCCAGUCCAGAGUGAGGCCCAUUACUCGGCCUACUCCUACCGCAGCGGUGGGGUCCCCCAGCGGUUUGUCCCCGCCCCCUCCCUUACUCGCCUCUACGGCAACUCCAUGCGGCGUACCACCUCCAAUCGUUCGCACCUGAGUGACUUGCAGUUCGCCGAGCAGCCCAUCCUGGACGAUGGAGAUGACCUGUAUGAUGAAGACCUCGGCAGUGGCUAUGUCAGCGAUGGAGACAUCCUCCACCGGAAUGCCCAGCUAGGUGAUAUUGCCAGUGGCUACAUGAGCGAAGGUGGAGGCUUCUUAUAUGCUAAGAGACUGGGCACAGGGGGAAGCAGACUGAAAGAUGGAAUGGCGGCAGUCAGGGAGUUUCUGCAGAAGACAGUGGACCUCAGUGAUGAAGACAGUAUUGAUGAUAGCAGCUCCAUAAGCAGUGGGAUAAGUGACACCAUCGCUGAGAUCAGCACGGACGAGAACAUCACUGGUUCUUCCAUCAGUUGCUCUUCCUCCCAAGCUUCCUGCAACCUCCUCACCAGGGACGGGAUCAAGCGAGGCCGGGCCUCCUCUGAUGACAGCCGUUCCCCAGGCAGCUCUGCCCGCAACUCGUGCGAAUCGGGGAAGAACUUGGAGAUUUUUGGGGACGGUGGAAUACCAAUCAACAGUGGGAAAUCCUCACCUCAGCGACGGACUCUUGACGAUGUGCGACGGAAAAAUGGCGAGAGUUCACCUCGCAGAAGCGCUCUGAGUAAGAGUAUCCUAAAAGAAGCCACAGCUGGGGGGCAGUCUCCAAAACGUAACGGCAGUGGGAAGAACGGCAAAGGAACCAGGAGUGACCAGGGCAAGGGCAAGAGGUCCAAGGGAGACACAUGUAAAUCAGACCGUGAGAAAGGACAGAGCAACAUGAGUGGCUAUCCAGAGAGAGGCACGCUCGCAUCACCAACAGGACGGACUGGCAUCCCACCUCCCCCAAGCUGGCAGCGCAGCUUGGACCGCAUUCAGGUCCGGCAGACACAGGCUGCUAGGCAUGCUGACCCCAGCCUCUCGCCAAGCCUGCCGCGGUCACGAACUGGAGGGAUCAAGUACGACAGUGGAUCGGAAACGCUGGAUCGCAGAAGUGGUGCCCGGCUCAGCCAGAGAAACAAAGAUGAACAGGAAAUCCCAGGUGCUCAUGACUCUCGGAAAAUGGCAUCAGGCCGAGCUGUGGGUAUGCAGGGCUUUGGUUUUCGACCAGGCGCCUCAGGCUCUGCAACCACUCCUGGAGGUAAGACGGCCAUCACACCUUCAAAAUCUGGUAACUUUGGAUUCCCAGGGAGCAGUGGAAAGUCUGGCCGGGUAAGUGGAUCGCUCAGUGGCUCAGAAUCUGCACCAGAGAGAAGCAGCAUCCGAAUGAAGUCCGGUCAGAGAGCUGGGCAGAAGCUGGGGCAGAAGACAAGCCCAACGUCCCCACCAGGUGGUAGCACAAAAGCUGACGUGAAUUCCAAUACAGAACUCAAGAAGAACCAGAGGAAUCAGGAGAAAGGAUUACUCUCCCCGACCGGGUCGGAAGCUGGCAAAGCCAAGCUGGGCGGUAGCAAGUCUGGCCUCUCUUCCAGCCCUUCCCUCAAGCAGCUGUUCGGCCGUAAACCAGAAGGAGCCAAGACCCCAGGGAGUGCAGCCCAGGAUACCAUCAUCUCCAACCCCCACGCCACACUGGCCAAACCAGGGACGUCCCCUCCUCGUCACCCUCAGACGUCCACCCCAACCCAGUUUGUGCCAAUGAGCGCUGCCCGACGAGCCUCUGCCAACAUGUCGGCCGACCUGUCACUGACCAAAACUCCAUACUCGGAUGCCUUGCGCUACAGUGGCUACCUAAGCGACAGUUACUCAGGAGCCCGUGAUAGCGGGCUAGGAUCCCUGCAUGCCGGGAUGAUGGGUCCUUACGCCCGUGGAAACAUGCACCCCAGUUCCCUCUCCACCCUUAACAGGUCGGAGAGUGGCAGCAUGGAGUCCCUGGACUCCAACAAUUCCAGCUCUCUGUCCAUGACGAGUCGUGCCACCAGUGAGCGCUAUGGCUUGACCUCUCCAUCUUCCAACGGACCGUCGCCCCAUCACAGAGCACAGCCAGACAAGAUGCUGAGCAUAUCCUCCCUAUCGGGCAAGGAUGCAGAGGAAACAGCCUGGCUACGAGCCAACGGUUACCCUACCACAACUGACGGGGCUCCCCCACUCUCACCAGCCAGCUCCACUGCUUCUCAGCCUGUCGGCCAAUUCUUUGCCAUACCUGGCAUGAACCAAAGCAACUCUGCCAUGGUCCGGUCGAACAGCAUGUCAGCCAGCAGCUACAGCCAGGCCGCCUACGGCAACAAUCCCCGCUUGCGCAACAACAGCGUGUCGCUGGAUGAGCGCCAGCGGGCGGCACUCAGCAUGGGAACAUUUUGCCGCGACCAGGACGGUGAGCUGCACGGUUCGGCGCUGUCCCUGAUGUCUCAGGGCUCCUCUCUCUACGGUGCCAUACAUCCGGAUGACAAGGCCAAUGAGAUCCGUCGCUUGAAGCGAGAGCUCGACCGAGAACAGGAGAGAGUGGGGAACCUCUCCAACCAGCUCAACACAAAUGCCCAUGUGGUGGCAGCCUUCGAGCAGAGCCUGUCGAACAUGACCAAUCGGCUCCAGCAGCUGACAAGCGAUGCCGACCAGAAGGACAGCGAACUCCAGGAACUGCGCACCAAGAUCGAGCUCCUGAAGUACACCCAGCAAGCCGCCGUCGCCGGGGAGCACCAGCAGCAACAGCAGCAGCAGCGCAACGGCCAGCCGCUGCUGGGGGGAGACCCAGGCGCACUGCUCCGAAAACAGUCCUUGGGCAAAGACUCCAUCAUCUUUCCAGAGGUACGAAUCAGUCGACAGCUGUCCACUGACAGCAUGUCCAGCCUAGCGUCCAUGACCAGCAUGUCCAGUUUUGGGUCCGCCGUCACUGACUCGGAGGUCACAGACGGCAAGAAGAACGGCAAGAAAAAGAAGCACUGGAUAUCAUCAGGCGAUAAGCUCCGAAGUUCUUUCCGGGCUGCCUUCAGUCGGAAGAAGAAGAACGGCACAUCGACAGACACGGAGGACCUAGAGAGCAACAGUUCCUUCCAAAGUGGCGGUUACCCUGCCAACCAGCAGCUGAAAUCGUCUGCAUCCACGUCAGCAAUCUAUGACGCGGAGAAGAGCCAAGAGACCAUCAAUGACCUGAAGAGGAAGCUGAGGGAGAAAGAGAGCAAGCUGACGGACGUCAAGCUGGAGGCACUCAGCUCCCAGCAUCAGCUGGACCAGAUGAAGGAAUCCAUGAGCAAGAUGAAGAAUGAGCUGAGCACGCUCAAGCAGGAGAAUGAACGACUGCAACGGCAGGUGGUGGCCCAACGCUCGCUGGAUGCCAGCUCCUCCCAAGCCUCGCUCAACUCCCUAGGAUCUUCCAAGCGGCUCAGCCGAGACUCACUGGACAGGCAUCGGCUGAGCAUGAACUCAGACCACGGCAGUCUAGACAUUUUACUGGACGACAAUUCUGGUAUGACAAACAACAGUCAACGUAUUAUUGUGACGGUUGCCGUCAACAGUCUGCCUGAAGCUGUCAAGCAAGCAGAGAACGUCAUGCCAAAACAACAGGAAGUGUUCAUUGGCACAAUAGGAAUCAGCAGUAAGACAAACUGGGACACGUUAGACAGCGUUGUCAAGAGAAUAUUCAAGGAGUAUGUAUUAAGAAUAGACCCCGUGACAAACAUCGGGCUCAGUGCAGAGAGUGUACAUAGUUAUGUCGUUGGGGAGAUCACAAGAACCAAAGACUCGGAUCCGCCAGAACUCUUGCCCUGUGGGUAUCUUGUGGGUGAUAACACAUCUAUCCAGAUACAUGUCAAAGGCGUACAGCAGAAUAGCUGUGAUCGCCUGGUCUUUGAAACACUCAUCCCUAAGCCAAUCCUACAGAGGUACAUCUCCUUGCUUCUUGAGCACCGAAGGAUUAUCCUAUGUGGACCUAGCGGAACGGGGAAGACUUUCCUAGCUCAGAGGCUAGCUGAUCACAUUGUUCAGAGGAGCGGGAAGGAAUCUUCUGAGUCGACCAUAGCCAUCUUCAACGUAGACCACAAAUCUAGCAAAGAGCUGAAACAGUACCUCACAAAUGUGGCUGACCAAUGCGAGACAGGUUCUGCGGACCUUCCCUCUGUCAUCAUCUUAGACAACCUCCACCACGUCGGUUCCCUUGGAGACAUCUUCAACGGCUUCCUUAGUUACAAGUAUCAUAAAUGUCCAUUCAUCAUCGGUACCAUGAACCAGGCCACCUGUUCCUCCACCAAUCUGCAGCUUCACCACAACUUCAGGUGGGUACUGUGCGCCAACCACAUGGAGCCCGUCAAAGGUUUCCUGGGCCGGUUCCUUCGCCGCAAGCUGGUGGAGAAGGAGAUCCGGGAGAACGUGCGCAACAAUGACCUCAACAAGAUCAUCGACUGGAUCCCUAAGGUCUGGCAACACCUCAACAAGUUCCUGGAGUCUCACAGCUCCUCCGACGUCACCAUUGGGCCCCGUCUCUUCCUGUCCUGUCCCGUUGACUUGGCUGGCUCCCAGGUCUGGUUCACAGACCUCUGGAACUACUCCAUCGUGCCCUAUUUGCUGGAGGCUGUCAGGGAAGGAUUACAGCUCUACGGUCGCAAGGCAUCAUGGGAAGACCCAGCUGAGUGGGUGAUUGACAGCUAUCCCUGGCAACCAACCAGCAGCCAAGACUGGCCCUCGUUGCUACGGCUGCGGCCUGAGGAUGUCGGGUUUGAUGGCUACACUAUGCACACCGGGGUGAAAGGUCAACAGUCUGGCCAGAGCGAUGCAGAAGGCGAUCCCCUGUUCAACAUGCUGAUGAGGCUCCAGGAAGCUGCCAACUUGUCUGGUGCCCAGAGCUGUGAUAGCGACACUAACAGCAUCGACAGUGUUGGCAUGUCCACCGAGGACAUCCAGAAAACUGUGGAAAUAGCUGUGUGAAUAGCAACCAUAACAUCAUCUCACUGGUCACCAGGAUGAAUAUUCAUAAUACCAAGAUACUGAGAGAAAUCCCCCUUCAACAAAAGAAAGCAGGAUGAAUAUUCAUAAGACCAAGACACAUUGGAAACAACCCCGAUGAGAAAAUAAAGCAGGAAGAAUAUUCAUGGUGUCAGGUUAUGUCAUGGAUAUGUACAUUGUUUUCAUCAGAGACAAGCUGACUUAUGAAUAUCCGUAAACACCUGCGGAGCUUCUACAAGCAAGGCAGCUGCUUCAUUAUAUUAAUUGUCAGAAUAUUUCUUUGCAUAUUAUUGUUCAUCUUAUGUGGAUCAAUUUGCUUGUGUCAUGCUUUUGUCUAUGAAUGAUUAAUAGAUUUUAGAAAAAGGGAUUCAGCUGUUAAAAUCGUAAUACAUAGUCCGUGUUUCUUUAUCAUCCUAAUUGCAUUGAAAAGAAAAUCUUGGCCAAAAAAAGUUUGAUUUCUCCUCGAUGGUAGAAUAUGGCAUUUUUGUAACAGUGCACUGUAUGUUUAAGAAUGUUUGUGUAUAUGCAUACUCAUUUCAUGCACUGCUUGACCAACUCUGAUUUUAGAAAAGUGCUUUUUGUCCAUCUGGAAAACAAUUCAUUUCUCUUUCUCAGAAUUGUGUACAGCUUUUUGUGAAAUAUGUUUCCUGAAUUUUUGUAGGGUGUUUAGAGAAGCUGUAAAAUGAUCAAUGUUUUUUUGAAACGCCGUGUUGUAGAUGAUACCUAUUUUAAUGAUAAUGUAAUAUUUCCCUCUCCAUCGAAUGCAAUGUGCAAGUAUUUGAAAAUUGUGCUUGAUAUUUUUUCACAUUUUAAAACAAUUUUUUUCUGUAAAUAUGUACUUAUGUCCAUAAUUGUACAAACUAUGAAAAGCGUCUUGUAGAUAAAUGUAGAUAAUUUGAAUUGAAAAAAUAGUAACUUUUUAUCUCUUGCCAAUUUGUGAAGCAGGAUUGUCCACAAAACAUUUUCUUCAACUAAUUUCUGGCAAAAAAGUCCUUAGUGGGGCAAAAUAUUUCAGAUUUAUCACUGAAAAAGCCUUCUUGUUUAACUCUCUUAAUGAAAUGAAAACAAAUAUACGCAGGUACGACUGUUUAAUAUUUGGUUCAAUAGAAUUUUGAACCAAUUUUUGUUGUUUAAUUGGAAUUUCAAGUGACUUAAACGAGACAAGGCUCUCUUCAAUUUUCACAGUGCUAAAUUCCAAGAACCCGUAAAGAACCCCCAGCUGGGAAUGGUAUCUCUCAAACCAUGGUCUUACCUGUCUUUGGUUCCAAGUUUCAUUUUCUUAACGGUUCAACACUCCUCACUUUUGAAACUGAGGACGAUUAAAGCCUUGUUCCUUAAAGCUCAGAGGAAAAGUACAUUUUUGAAUGAAAACAAUGUAUUAAAUGAUGAAUGAGCUUGAAAUGACACUAAAGAGUAACUACAAGUGCUUGUCCCAGCAUCAUUUUCAAAUUCACCUGUUUUUCCAUUCCAAAUGAUUUUUUUUGGUAGCAUUAUCAUAGUGCUUACAUAUGAUCAAUCAGAUUUAUGCCAAUGUGCUUGUAUUUUACAGUGUUGCCAUUGUGUUAACUCUCUAUUCUUAACUGACUGAUUUCAGUUAUUGGAUGUGCAAUGUGAGCAGUUGUGUAUUUAUUACAGCGGUGUGUAGAGGUGCUUGCAUUUCUUGAAAUACUUAGUGUAUUGCAUGCCAGCAGGCAGUACAGUCCUGUGACCUUUUCAGUUAGCGUUGUGUUCAUAAAAUGAGAACUUGGAAUGGGCUGAUCAUGUGCCCACCAGCUCUUGCUGCCUUUCCACAAUCUUGUCACCUCACUCGGGUCAGGCAGAGCGUUAAGUUACAUUGGAUGCCGGCUACUUUCUGACCACUUUUGGUAUUUGUCCGACCAAAAGCAGAAGAGUUUGGACAAAAUGUCAGAAGGAGAUGUAAAGGCAACUGGCCAAAAGGCAAGUUUCCAUGGUGAUUUUUUGCUCUGGUUAUGUGCUUAGGACAUUUAAAGAGUAAGAGUGUGUUCUCAUGGGACCUUGGGGUAUCCGAAAGCUGGUAGUGGCUGAAUGAAUUUAUCCCUGCUGUCUGACCACUUUGUAGGCUAGUUUCACUGGGUCAGGGGUCAGGCCCUUCCUGUGAUCACAUGACCAGUCACUAUCGGUCACCACCUGCUCAUAGAAUUGUAAAUUGUACAGAUGUUUCAUUUGCCUGUUGUAAUGAAAUAAGUUAACUAGCUAUGUACAGCAAUUUACUUUAACAUGUGUAUGCUUCUUCAGCAGUUGAUGCUGUUAGGAUUGGAGGAUUAUAAAAGAUUUACAUUUGUAUAGAAAUUGUUUGGAAUCAAGUUUCAACAUGUGCUAACUAGGACUUCAUAGUGAGCUGUGUUCUAGCUAUUUAAUGCUUAUCGGUUUGUGGUGAUGGCAUUUGGUAUGUAUUUUUGCAGACCUCUUGUGUGUAAUCUUUUGUUUCUUGUAGAUUUUUCAAUCUCAAUCACUGUACACACACUCAAUGACACAUUCAGGAAGGGUAGAUGCAUAUUCAUAGUGCAGAAUACACAUUAUACAUUUUCUAUCAGUGGUGUUCAGUGUCAAACAGCUUUGGUUGAAAGCUGUCAUUGUUUUGUGAAAAAGUAAUUCUUUGGUGGUACUUAAGCUUUGUCGGUAUAUCGGACAUGAUUUGCAUUAUUUACUGUAUUUGAUGGCGUGUUUUGACAUGUCACCAGGAGUCGGAAACUGACCUUUCUUAUAAUUGAACCAAGAAAGAGGUUUCAAACUGUCUGACCUUUUCUUCCCAGUCCUGCUGUGAAGAGAAAUGUUAAUGGUGUGUUCUGUUUCUGAGAAUUGUCAUUACCAAUCGCAGACUUGUGACUUUAGUGUUGAUAUCGAUUACAAGUGAACAUUGUGAAGUAUUUUGUUGCUAUUCUCCUUUCAAUUCACUAUGCCUGUUUGUCCAAAUGCUGCUGUAAAUGUGUAUUUGUUGAAAUAAACGGUGUCCCAAUUAUAAGAAUACUACUCAGUUACAAUCAAGCCCAAUUUCAAAGUCAGAAACAAGUGUAUAAAUUCUGUAUCAUUUGUAUCAUAAGUAAUCAGAUAUAAAUCAUGUACUUUUAAUCAAUUUUUUAAAAGAUAAAUCAGAUUUUUCUAUAAAAAUUCCUGAUCAGUGUAAUUUUAACAGUAACAAAAAAAGACCACAGUAAGUUACAGAGAUAAAAAUACCACUGUUAACUACAUGAACUGUUUUUUAAACUGAAUACUAGAACAAAAUGUGGAGAAUAUUUAAGUAUUUCUAUUUAAUAAUUGACAUCUAACCAUUUUUAUCAUUGAUGUCCUCCCUUGAAAUAGGUUUAAGUUAAUAUGGCAGCGACAUGGGUGUUCACUGUCCAGUCUUAAUGAGCAUGCUUUGGUUGGACGUGAUCCUUAAUUACUUUUGCAGUGUCAGUUCUUGUCCCCCAUACAAUGCAGUCACGCUGUUUCACAAACAGAUUUCUAUUUUGUGUAGCUGUAUACUUUUGUGUAUUAUUGUCUGAUGAGUAUGUCUCGGACAAAUUGUGGACUAGAAUCCUGACAAAGAACGAAAUAAAAACUCUUAUUUUUACCAGUGUUCUGUAA